AUGGCCAAAAGGAGACAAAAAAAAAGAACUCAUGCACAGAUCACACCUGAGCAGGAACAAGGUAUUCCAAAGUCAAUGGUCAUCAGAGUGGGUCAAACUUCCUUGGCCAACCACUCUCUGAAUCAAUUAGUAAAGGAUUUCCGUCAAAUUAUGCAGCCACACACAGCUAUAAAAUUGAAAGAGCGCAAAUCCAAUAAGCUGAAGGAUUUCGUUGUUAUGUGUGGUCCGCUGGGUGUUACUCAUCUUUUCAUGUUUACCCAAUCUGAAAAGACAGGUAACGUUUCACUAAAGAUAGCGAGAACUCCACAGGGUCCUACCGUCACUUUUCAAGUAUUGGACUACUCUCUGGGUAGAGACAUUAAGAAAUUUUUGAAGAGGCCAAAAUCGUUAAAUAAUGAUGAUGUAUUAAAUCCACCGCUAUUAGUCUUGAAUGGGUUUUCCGCAGCCAAGAAAUCUGGCGAAUAUGAUCAGGACGUGAACGUAGAGAAGGUUAUUGUUUCCAUGUUCCAAAACAUUUUUCCACCUUUAAAUCCAGCAAGAACUUCAUUAAACUCCAUCAAACGUGUAUUUAUGAUCAAUAAAGACAGAGAAACGGGAGAAAUAUCUAUGCGUCAUUACUUCAUAGACAUCAGAGAAGUCGAGAUCUCUAGAAAUCUAAAAAGACUUUACAGAGCAAAGAACAAUUUGAGUAAAACGGUGCCGAAUUUACAUCGAAAAGAAGACAUCUCCUCAUUGAUCCUAGACCACGACUUGGGCGCCUACACAUCAGAAUCAGAGAUUGAUGAUGACGCUAUUGUGAGAGUGGUUGACAAUCAAGAUGUGAAGGCGAAACAUGCUCAAAAUUCAAAAUCACAAAAGGAACCAGUCGAGAAAACGGAUGUUGAAGAACACGAUAAGGAAGCGGAAGACGAAGAUGUGGAAAUGGAGGAGCCUAAACGUCCAGAACUUUCUCAACCAACACCACGUAAGAAGGCUAUCAAACUGACUGAAUUAGGCCCAAGAUUAACCCUGAAACUAAUCAAGAUAGAGGAAGGUAUUUGUUCAGGUAAGGUGUUACAUCACGAAUUUGUUCAAAAAUCAAGCGAAGAAAUCAGAGCUUUGGAGAAGAGACACGCUGCGAAGAUGAGGCUCAAGGAGCAAAGAAAGAAGGAACAAGAAGAAAACAUCGCGAAAAAGAAGGUUGUCAAAGAUGCCAAAAAGCAACGUAAGUUGGAAAGAAGAAAGGCUAGAGCAGCAGAAGAGGGCGAAGGUGAAAAUAAGAGUGAUGCUAUGAGCGAUGAUGAGUCUUCCUCCAGUGAAGAUGAACAUUAUAGUGAUGUACCUGAGGACCUAGAUAGUGAUUUAUUUAGCGAAGUUGAAUAG